UUGUACAUGUACAUACGGUGCGUUAUUUCCUCGUUGGGACUUGGACACAAGGAGGAGUUAGUUUUAAACUUUUAAGUUGCAGUGCACGGAAUCUUGAAAGUGAAAAUGGCACCAGGAAUGAAGCUCUUUCUGCUCCCAGUGCUCACGUGGCUUGUUUGUCAUUUUCAAUAUGCGGCAGCCGAUAUUUGUUCAGACGGUAAUUACUGUGCGACGGGUUGCUGUUACGACUAUGAUAUAAGCUACAUGCAUGUAUACUGCUGCUAUUCGGUCGUCGUGGAAUGGUGGUUUUGGUUCAUGUGGGGGAUGCUUCUCUUCAUCAUCCUGACCACCUGCUGCGCCAUCGCGCGCCGUCGCCAGCUCCGUCGUCGCCAAGUCCUUGUGGUCCAGCAAGGGUACACCUCACCCACAGCCUACGGCACCCUGGUCAACACGGAGGUGCCCCAGCACCCCUACGUGGCCCCCGGCACCUACAGCCAGUACCCCGGGGGCUACCCGCAGCCACCCCCAGGACCGGCCCCAGCAGCAAAUCCGGCCCCACCGUACCAGCAGGUUGCCGCCGCGGGGAUGCAACCCGCCCUACCCGUGCAGCAAGCUGGGGCGAUGCCCAGCAAGGUGAACCAGGAGCCGUACAACUCAAACGAGAAGCCACCUCCCUACAACCCCAGCUCCUAGUGUGUGGGACACCAGGUACUAGACCACAUAUCAAACCCAAGGCCCUGGAGGAAACGGAGGGGUAAAACAAUUACAAAUUGAAACAUUUCUAUUUCCUUAUCCGGCAGUAAGUGGAUAACUGGCGUGAACCACACCAUUUCAAAGAGAUCAAGCCUGACUGUGCCAAAUCAGAUGUGAAUUUUCCUCACAUUAAAUAUUAACCCCCUCUUAUUCUACAUUUUAUGUUAAGUAGAAAUGGUGAAAAAUACUGCUGAGAUUUUAAACUUGGAAAUUAUUAAGGAAUAUAUACCUCAUCCAGUUUAUGUCUGCAUAAGCAAAAGCAAUCAAAUAAGUCUAUUAAAAUGAUAUUCUAGAUUUUUAUAACUUAUAUUAAUGAUACACGGAUGAUAACAAGUGUCUUAGAAAGUCUCUGAGUUCUUGCUUCUUAAAAUCAUGCUCAAAAUUCACAAAUUUACUGGAACUCAGAUUUCAAAAUGAUCUCAUCUUUGGAAAUUGAAGAAUGGAAAAAAAGCAUCAUUUUUAAUUUGAAAAAAGUUAGCUUCGUACUACAUGCUCAAGUGUUAUCGUAUUGUAAUUCUUAAUUAAAAAGAUUUUUUGCUUGGUUACAAUUUAAGCAUUUUUUAAAAGUAUUGCUAAAGGUUUCACAAAUUGUUUCUCAGAGAAAUUAAAAACAGCAAUGUUGAAUUUGAAGAAAAGGCUAACGGUUGUUAGGGUCAGUGAUGAGGGGGCUGUUUAUUCCACGAUCUGAACACAGAAACCAGCUUGAGACCAGUGUGUGAUUCUUUUGAACGUGCGGUGACAUGUCUGUGUUCAAGUUGUGCUGAUUAUUAUAAGUCAGUUCAGUUGUGUCGCAUGUCUGUUAACCCGACCAGGUGCACAUGGAUGUUUCUGAGCCAUCAUCAAACGCAGCAUUUUGUCGACCUUCUGCUACUGUUUUGCAGUAUGUAGGUGUUCUCAGACAGAACUAUUUGUUGCCAUGUUCAUUGUUGGUGUUUUCCCUUUUUUUAUAUUCAACACCACCGGCAAUGCAUGACACCUGGUGGGAAAAUGCAGAAAGGCUGUACAAUAGUAUUUUUGAUGUUGUGCGUUUGUUUGCUUCCAACUCUGGAAAGGGGGAGAAGGUGGUGUACAUGUAUAAUGAAUUAUGAAUCAAUGAAAAAUAUUUUUGCAAUAGUUGUCAUCAGUUCGUUUAUGUUCCUGUAUACAUGUACUGUAGCCUAUCACGAGGCAGUGACUUUCAUGGUUUCAGGUACUAGAUUAUUUUAAUCAAGAAGACUUUGUUAGGGCAUAUUUGCAGUACUUAGGCAAGCUUACUGUGUGCGUGUAGUAGGCAAGUUUUACACCUACCUGUAUGUGUACAUCGACCUUUGACCAAGUGGCAACAUAUUUGCAUAGUGAUAGUGAAACAGAAUUGUGCAAGUGACUAGUAUCGACCUUUGACCCUGGAGGUGAUGUUGACUAGAUAUUUGUCAUUUUUUUCCCCUUCACAAUUGAGCUUAGGUUGCCCAAAGGUUGAAAAACAGGAUUUUUUACAGUGCUUUCCUCGAAUGUAUUGGAAGUGGAGAGUUCGAAAACAAUUGUAGUUUUGUACAGAGAAAAAAUGAUCAUUUCAAGUCUAUCUAUUUUUGAUUCAAAGACAUAUCAUCAAAAUGCGUGUAAUGUGUAUAAUUUUGUUAUGUACAUGUGUUCAUUGAUUUCACGGAUACUAGUACAUGUGCUGUCAUCUGUUGUAGAAAAUUUCAUGUUUGCAAAAGUUCUUUCAAGAAGGUGCGAUAACUUUUGUUUUAAAGAAUUUAAAUAAAUUGGACAUUUUAUGGUGCAUAAUA